AAAACCAAAUUCAGAAUGAGUUUCAUCAGAGAUCUCUAUUACCAAACAACACAGAAUUCAUUCCUUGUCUAUUUUCACUUUCCUCUGGGGAUCAAUGAUGAUUAAAGGACAGGAUAAUAAGAAGGGGGGAUGAGAACUUGCUGAGAAGCAAUAAAAAAUGAGAGAAAGAGAGAAAGGGAAAACAAGUAUUUUAGUUAGCUAGUCAAGGUUAGUUUAGCACUGUAUCUGCUUUAACUGACAUUAUGGAAAAUUAUAGAUGGCACAUAAGCAACUUCAGUAAUGCUGAACCCCAGGAAAUGCGUCUUGACAACUUAGUGAGCUUAUUUGUUCUUCCAGGAGAAUUUAACCCCCCCGUGAUGCCUUUUAUCUUCAUUUUCUGAUUUUUCAUUUGGAAGUGAGAUUAUUAUACCAAGGCAGGAACUUGCAAAUCGGUGCAUUCAUCUUCCUUCGUUGGCUGCUGUGGCUAAGGAAGGAGACGCCGGGAGGACAGAGCUUUCCCGGAGGGGCGAUGCUGCCGAGCCCUGCCCCUGGCAGAAGAAAGCCCUUGCCGCCGGGACCCCCCUCGCAGCGGGACGGAGAAGUCCCCGGCCCCGGCGAUGCGCGGCCCGGGGCAGGCUGCGGGAGAGCAUGAAGAGCUGCCUUCACCUGCCUUCUUAUUAAAAGGAAGAGCAUGCUAAAGCCGGCCCCGACCCCUGGAGCGCAGCCCCUCUGAGCAGGAGGUGGGAUUAUUCCGUGGUGGCUAUGGAGAGCUGUAACCUGGCAGAGAAGUGCUAAAGCCACUUGUCCCUGCUGAAAGAGGAACCCACUCCAGGCAUCGCCGGCUUCACACCCCGUGUUGUGGCACAUAGGAGCUCACUCAGGUCCUUCCUCCUCCUCUUGCCCUUCUUUCUCCCUCCAGGGAACAACAGAAGAGAGAACUGCUUCUCAGCUCUUGCCAGUGCUGGGAAUACUGUGCCUUUUGCCUGGGAUGAAUCGCCCCGAUGCACCGCUUCUGCGGGAUGUACAAAGUGUGACGGGGACUGACCCGGCCACCCACGUUUGCCAAGUGAUCGGCAGUGGCCAUGGGCUGGAGGUAGCUGGACACACACUGGCGGGGUCCAUCACGCACUGCCUGACAGCGCAGACCUGCUGCUGGCUGGAAAACUAACUUCUGGUGGUCCCACUUUGGCGGCUCCUGGUUUUACUUCUCCCCUGCCAAUUUGCACUUUUAGGGAAAAACACACGCAGGCACCUGAUGCGAUGCAGCGUUUCUGGGUUGUUUUUUUUUGUGUAAGAUUUGCUAUGCAAUUCCAAAACUAAAUGAGGAGGAGAGACGGCCUUGCAUCCCAGAGCAAACAGAGAAUCAGAGGUGAAAGGUAGGAGCCAGAAUUUCUCAUUUAAAUAAAACUAAAUAACCUGAGCUGCUUCUUACUGAAAAUCUUUAAAACACACCCACUGUAUGUUUAUUUUCUUUGUCUCUGGAAGUGUAAAACUUGACCAGUUUGGAACAAAGUGAAGAAUUGCUCGCUGAUGCUGCCCAGAAACAGAGGACUGAAGGAUUUUGUAACAGGAGCGUGCUGAGGAGGAAGGAAUGGAGUGUUUCAGCAGUGAGAAAUUCAGGGGACCAAAGUAGAGAACAAGCACCUUGUAUAGUACGCAUCAGUAAAUAUGAAGGGCUAGUGCAAUGGACGCUGGAAACACUCGAUCAAUAGUCUAUUUAAGUGGGAUAUGUGUGAGCAUGGAAAAGUGAUUGCUUUCCUGUCUGUGGGGUAUAUUUGUAGAGGACAGCAGCAGAACAUUUGCAGGUGAUCAUUCUGAAUUAGGCUACUUCAUGCUGGGGUGGUGCGACGUGUUUCUGAAGGGGAUUGCUUAAAAACUGGUCUGUGGAGCUGACUGUACUUGUGCAUUUUCAAUUCUUGCUCAGAGAGCUUUCAAUGUCAUUCAGGGAGAUUCAAAUUGGAUGAAGCCCAUCUGGGGGUGUGGGGACCAUAAGAAAGGAUCUUUGGUCUGUUUGGUGACGAGUAAUUAGUGGACGUCUGAUGUCUCUGCAAGGAAAGGAGCUGAUGUCGUCAUCAAAGUCAUGAUAUGAUUUCCCCUCAGGAGAAACUAUGACUUGGAACGACACCACUAUGGACGGGGAAGGGUUGCUUGUGGAAAGGGACUCUUCCUUUCGGAUUCUCACGGGCUGCUUCCUCUCGCUGCUGAUCCUCUCCACGCUGCUGGGAAAUACGCUGGUCUGUGCAGCCGUCAUUAGAUUUCGCCACCUGAGGUCCAAGGUGACCAACUUCUUUGUCAUCUCCUUGGCUGUGUCAGAUCUCUUAGUGGCGGUUUUGGUCAUGCCUUGGAAAGCUGUGGCCGAGAUUGCUGGUUUCUGGCCUUUUGGUUCAUUUUGCAACAUCUGGGUGGCCUUUGAUAUUAUGUGCUCGACAGCCUCCAUCUUAAAUCUGUGUGUCAUUAGUGUGGACAGAUACUGGGCCAUCUCCAGCCCAUUUAGGUAUGAGAGGAAAAUGACCCCCAAGGCAGCCUUCAUCUUGAUCAGUGUGGCGUGGACUUUGUCUGUGCUGAUUUCCUUCAUCCCUGUGCAACUGAACUGGCACAAGGCUACCACCACAAGUGUUCUGGACCUAAACGCCAGUUUACAAGGUAUAAGCAUGGACAACUGUGAUUCUAGCCUAAACAGGAUGUAUGCCAUCUCCUCUUCUCUAAUUAGCUUCUACAUACCUGUUGCCAUCAUGAUAGUAACUUACACGAGGAUAUACCGGAUUGCCCAGAAGCAAAUACGACGAAUCUCAGCUUUGGAGAGGGCAGCUGUGCAUGCCAAGAACUGCCAGACCACAAGUGGCAACAGGAGCAGCAUGGACUGCCAGCAACCUGAGAGCAACUUCAAAAUGUCCUUCAAGAGGGAAACGAAGGUUUUAAAGACUUUGUCAGUGAUCAUGGGGGUGUUUGUGUGCUGCUGGUUGCCAUUUUUCGUGUUGAACUGCAUGAUUCCCUUCUGCGAGCCUACCGAACCGUCCAAGGGAGCAGAAGCUUUCUGCAUUAACUCCACCACAUUUGAUGUUUUUGUUUGGUUUGGAUGGGCUAAUUCUUCCCUCAACCCCAUCAUUUAUGCCUUCAAUGCUGAUUUCCGCAAGGCGUUUUCAACCCUGCUAGGAUGCUACAGGCUCUGCCCUAUGUCCAGCAAUGCUAUAGAGACUGUUAGUAUUAACAAUAAUGGAGCAGUUGUUUUUUCAAGCCAACAUGAGCCCAAAGGAUCCAGCCCCAAAGAAUCUAAUCUGGUUUAUCUGAUUCCACAUGCAAUCAUCUGUCCAGAAGAAGAACCUCUAAAAAAGGAAGAAGAGGGUGAACUAUCUAAGACCUUGGAGAAAAUGUCUCCAGCACUGUCGGGUAUCUUGGAUUAUGAAGCUGAUGUUUCUUUGGAAAAGAUCAAUCCCAUUACACAAAAUGGGCAACAUAAGACCUGAGCAGUAAGGUUAACCCAGCAAGACCCAAUAGUGUACAUUGUAAUAAUCUUUUUUAAAAAAACCUAAGCUCUAGGGAGAAAUACACAUUUACACAAAGCCCAGAAUUAUUUUUCCUGGCAUUGAAAGCAAAUGUAAUAUAUAAAACACUAAACAGCAAAAGAUUCUGAAAAUUGGUUAAAAAAAAAGAUGUUCAUCUGUACUCUUCAUGCUGAGGAAUAUAUACAAAUUUGGAUACAGGGCAGUAAUAAAGAAAAUAUUUAUCCUCUACACCUAGAGAAGCCAAUUUCUAGUUUGAAAUGAGGCAACAGAUAAAUGUUAAGUAUUUAAAGAUUAAUGUUUACUAGAAGUUCAAAGAUUGCUGUGUUUUGUGAUAGUGGGUGUUAACAGGUCCUAAUUUAAGGCUGAGGGAUUGUAAAGGUAGGUAGAGGCCUUCUUAAAAUUAUUUCUGAAAAAUAAUUGAGCCUUAUAAUGAGAAUGGUUAUUUUUAAAGCUUUGGGAGGUAAUAUGUUGAUACCGGUUUUAUUUAUUUAUUGUUUUAAAUUGAUAUUUUUCAUAUGUUAUAAGAGAUCUAGCUUUAUUUAUGUUAUUUAAGAUGUUUAAAUAAUGGGAUAUUUUUGGAGUGUCAUAACUGCAUUUUGGCCAGUCAACCAGUCAGCACUUUAUUAAAAGCUCCGGUAGCCUGGAGAGCCAGUGAGGGUGUGAAGGAAGGCUGAGAAGCUCAGCAAGAGGUGAAGGAAUCAACAAAACUGAUGUGGUGUGGAGUUUGUUUGCUUAUGGCCUUUUGUUUUUAAGUGGGAUUUCUUUCAAAAGAUAGGACCAGUGUUGACUGAGUUGUGAAUUCUCUUCCCUUAUAGAAAUAAAAGAAAUUGCUGCUAUUUAUUUUUUAAAAAGUUUAAUGUUACAAAGACUUUGCUAGAAUGUCAAGUUUGUGGAUCUGUAAAUACCUUAAAUAUGACUACAACCUUAAGAAGAAUCCAAUUUGAGAAGAAAAGCUUCUUAGAUAACAAUUCUUAGUAUAUAAUGUUUUGUAUUUAUGUAUGAUAAACAGCUUUCUCAGACUUUUCUUAUUUCAAGUCUUGGAUAUCUUUUCUGAACAAACACGGUUGGUUACAAUGGUAGGAAACAUGCCAAACCUCGUUAUCAUCUGUAUUACUGCAGCAACACCAGGAUCAUGCUGUCUGUCUGCUCCUGUAUCAGAGUUAAAAAGUGAGGUACCUAGUGCUUUACUUUGGAAGCUGGGAGGACAUUACAUUUUAGUAAUUACCAUGCCAACAGUCCGUUCAAUAAGGAAUAGUGCCUCAUUUCCAUUUGGGAUUAAGACGUUUCUAACUAUGGAUGGAACUGCGGUCCUCACCUCAAAAACGUCCUGUGAGCUCCAAGCCAGAGUUGCCAAUGUUCAAUUCAAAAACUGCUACUUUUCCAUUGUCCUUCCCCCGCUGCUUUCCCUUUGUAACGCCAAAAGCAAUCAGUGAACGUUAGCAACAGGACCGCUGGGUGUUAAUAUUCAGCAGCAUUCAAAGAGAACAAUUUGUUUUCUGAAUGGGUGCAAAUACCCUCUGGAGAAACUUUUCGUAACAUAUAUCAAAAAAUGUGUUGCCAGGAAAAGAGAACUGAGAGAGAAAAAAAUAAUAAUUCUAAUGAACUCUAUACAUCCUGCAUCAGGUCUGUGUAUUUAUGUAUUGUGAAUGUUUUCAUAAUUUUAUUGCCUGUAUGCUGCUUUCAUACAUAUAAUAAAAUUAUUUUGUGAAGAGAAGGUCAAAUAAAACAAUCCACAUUGCAUUUAUUAAAUACA